AUGAUGGAGGACCUGUCGCUGAGCGCCGAGCAGGCCCGCGCCAUCGCGGCCAUGAUCCGAAGGGAGGUCGGGCGCGUCGCCGCGGGCGGCGGGGACGAGGGGGGCGCGGCUGAGGAGGAUUCUGGUGCGGCGCCGCCGCCGGAGCCUCCGGCCGGGGCGGCGGCUGCGGCGGCGCUGGCGGCCCCGCCGGCGCCGCUGCCGUCGCUGUCGCGCUCCGGGCACGCGGGCCACCAGCAGCAGCAGCAGCAGCCCGACGGCGCGGCGCGGUCGGGGCCGAUGACGCCGACGGCGAUGGCGUCGACGCCAGGGCGGCCGCCGUCGUACCACGAGCUGGCGCGGGUGAUGCGCGAGUUUCAUGAGCAGCAGCAGCUGGAGGAGGCGGCGGCGGCGCACCGGCAGGUGCAGGGCGGCACGGCCGCCAAGGGGCAGGAGCAGGCGCCCCGCAACGGGGAUUAUUUGCAGCAGCGGCCGCAGGAGCAGCAGCAGUAA